AUGAAUCGCGCCACCGAGCCAAGAGACCGUUACAAUCUCCGCAAGGCCCUGGCCCUCAUGGAAAGGGAGAUCAAAUUACUCAUAGAGACAGACACCCAUGUUCUUGAUCAGGGUAUCAUGAAACGGUACAAAGUCCGAGCAUUACCGCUGAGUCUCCAUGCUCAAGACGCUCGCGCACCCAAGUUUUUCACCCCUUUCGAACCAGAAAACAUGCCGGAACCUACGGCGGAGUAUGUCGACCACGAGUACAACACGUCUUCUACGCUGUCACCGGGCGAAUGGGGAUGGACUAUCUAUCUUUACCUUGACGCGUAUAUCCACGAGCUACUGGUCAAAUAUCCUGAGGUUUGGCGGAUGUGGUCGUGCAAGCAGGUGGGAGAUUAUGAUUUCGGAGACCUCUACCGAACUUUCGACCCUAAAUUCGGAUCGCUGGCGAUCUGGCAUGUUUUAGAAUCCUCAAGGCCGCAUAUCAAGUGCAUCAUGCACAACAACCUCGACUCUGAUGAUAACUACCUCCUCCGUGGGGAGGUGUUAACUGUCAUCCGCAUUAUGCUGGGCCAACUGAAGCAGAAGAUCUUUGUAAAUGAUAUGAUUGCACCGGUUCUACUGUUUUCGUUGAAUCGACGGCGUCCACGCGUCAUUGAGGCAUACUUUGAUGGGCAGGAGCUGGUAGUACGCCGCACCGAACCCUAUGAUUUUCAAUACUUGAACACAGAAGGGUUCAAAAAAUUUGCGCAAUGGUUCCUUGGAGAACCCAUCGGCGAUACAUCAAAACGGGCAGUCCGGACUUGA